CACCAUUCACCUUCACUGUUGAUUUCUGUAAAGCUGCUUUGAGACAACGUCUGUUGUGAAACGCGCAUUAGAAAUAAACUUGACUUGAGUUGAUCUGCAGCCAGCAUUGUUAAACACCUGAGCUAAAGACACUCCUUGACUUAUCUUGCAAAACAACAUGCAUGUGCAAGUUAAAAAGUGCAGCUUAGGCCAGCUUUAAUCAUUAUUAAUAGUAGACAAUAAAAUUCAGCCUUAUUAAGUGAAAAUUCUAUGGACAAGUUCACACUGUGUGAACAAUCAGUGCUAAAUACAGUUCACAUUUAAUCUCCAUCACUGCACCUCAACAACGAUGAACUGUAAUAAAUGGACAUUCGGUGCCAUCCAGAUGAGGAUGAGGAUCCCUCUUGAGUCUGGUUCCUCUCAAGGUUUUUUCCUUCUGCAUCUAGUGGUUUUGAACGUACACAACCAAAGCAACAACGAAAGUUAGAAGUAUGGUAGGCAAAGGUCAGGUCAGACUGAAGUUCUGGUUGAAGCUUUGCAGUAGACACCACCCUCUCUGCCUUUGAAGAAAGUGUUGCAGGAGACUUUCUCUUCAUCUCCAGCAAUCUUCUCAGGUUGGAAAAAAACCACAAUGUGAUGUUACGGAGGUGACCCUAAAAGAUCACAUCAAUGAUGAAGGUUUUUUAAAGGAACUAAUAGCAAGGUUUAGUUUGUGGAUUUGUGUAUAUGCAGUUUCUUUGCAGUUCUUGUGGGUUGCACAGUGUUUUCUGCUACAGCUUGUUCUUGGUACCAGAGCCUCUGAGCUGAUUUUGCUAUGAUAAAAAGUCACAUACGAGUUUCCUGUGAAACUGUUUCAUCACCAGUGGCUUUAUUUACUCAGCAGACCUCUUACUUUCAUUUACUCAGUCAUUUUCCACUAUCAGCAUCAGCUAUGUUCUCCACUAGUCAAUCGGUUCUGCUGGUUCUACUGGUGAUCACCUGCUUCCAUUACUAUGCAGAAUGUGAUGAUGAACUCAUGACCGAUUUUUGUUUAAACACGGAUACACCUGUAUACAUGGAUUCCUCAACAGUGCAAAGUCAAGAAAUCUUGACAACCUUCUCUAUUUUAGCUGCAACAAAUCCAGAUCCACAGGAUCACACAGAACAUCUACACACUCUACAAACACAUAGAGGUUCAGGAGUGAAUGAAGCGACGGGUUUGUGCUGUUUUGAGUUUCAUAAAACAUCAAUUGCUGCAGCGGACGUCGACUCUGUGAAACAAACAAGAUUCGACUGCACACUUCCUGGAGUCAUUCUUACAACAAAAAAGGGAUCACAGGUGUGUGUAGAUCCUGAGGUGGACUGGGUGAAGCAGAUCAUCAGUAAGUCUGAAAUAAAAGAGAAGAUAAUGACAGUGAAUGUCACAGCAGGGAAUGAAGCAGGAUUGUGCUGUUUUGAGUUUCAUAAAAGACCAAUUCCUGCAGCGGACAUCGUCUCUGUGAAGGAAACCAGAUUCGACUGCACACUUCCUGGAGUCAUUCUUACAACAAAUAAGGGAUUACGGGUGUGUGCAGAUCCUGAGGUGGAUUGGGUGAAGCAGAUCAUCAAAAUUAAACAACCAGCAUAAACUCAGACAUCACAAAACAAAUGUCUCUCCAUGAAUCAGCUUUUUUUUCAGAAUGCUUCACUUCAUACUUUCAUGAUGUUUUAUUAAAAACACACCUGUAACUGCAGGCACUGAUUUAUUUCCAUCUUCUACACAAAUUAAAGCACAUUUAUAACUCA